AUAAUACAAACCCUAGAGAAGCCUUCAGGAAGCGAGGCAGAAAGUUUGAUUCAGAAAAAGGUUCUCUCGCUGCUGCGGAGCGUUUUCGAUUUUUCUCGAGAAAAUCUAAGAAGAAAAGCCUCUGCAGUAGCUUCGAUUUUCACUCGGCUGGAUCGAAAUGGCUCGCUCUUUGUCUAACGCUAAGGUUAUCUCUGCUAUCGUCGUGGAUGGAUUCUCUCUCGCAAUCCACAGACGCGGAUACGCGGCCGCAUCAGGAGCUGUCUCUAGCGUGGCUAGAGGACAGAAGAGUGGAGUGGUGGUGAAGAAACUGGGAGAAGAGAUGAAAGGAAGAGCAUCGGAGACAUCUCCGUGGGUUCCAGAUCCGGUGACUGGAUACUAUAGACCAGAGAAUGAAGCAAAACAGAUUGACGUGGCGGAGCUGCGACAGACGCUCUUGAAACACAAGAACUAAGAAACCAAACAGAGUUGUGACCCGCUCUUGUAUCAGCCGUUCAAGGUUGUAUUAUUUCCAGGAAUAAUACAAAUUUAAAAUAAAAUUUAUUACAAUUUUGAUGUCUC